GUUUAAAAUCAAAUCUACCAGUUAAAACGAACAAUUAUCCACUAACCACGCAGGAUCGACUGAGAAAACAAAUUUAUUGAGCAGUAACCUUUUUUAGUCACUUUUGAAAGGCGCACGAAAGAUUUGUAUCAACACCCAAAGCAGCCGUGAUAAUAAUGUAUUUUCCUAAAAUAUUUCAUUUUAUCACUUUACAUUUGUUGGUGGUUUCUUUGGCUUCUCAGGAAGAGCAACACACCAGAAGAUCGUACACAGUCAACCCAGGAAAGGUGAGUAGCUAUGGUUCUUUUCCUCCGUUUCCAUGCUUCUCCGGUAUUCGAUUAAAUUUUCAAAUAAGAGUUCUGAACAUAAGCAAAACAGGAUUGUUCUCUUUUGCUUGUCUUGUGAAAUCACUGCUGAAAAAAAUAUAUUAUGGUACCAUUAGGCUGAUUUUCUUGUGUAACAGGUUCAAUCCGGUCAACAAAUAUAAAUUAAUAGGAUAUGUAAUGUAAAUUUAGCGUUAUUAGUUUAAGUGCGUCAUGUGUUUAAGUAGACUACCUCCUGAUUAAGAAUUGAGAAAGGUUUUUUUUUAAAUCUGCGUUUUCUUCACGAAAAUUCGUGGCUGGAUAUCAGGAAAGUUGUUAUUUGACUGUGAAUACUGCCAUGUGCUCGUGGACAAAUGGAGCCUGGCUCGAUAUGAAGAUCUGUAAAUAAGGAGUCGAUUUGCAACCGACUUUAUAUACACGAACAAGUAAACAAUUCUGUUCAUUUCCCCAGACUGCAGCCAGUAUGAGCCAAAUGAGUAGUUAAAACUGCUAACUUUGAACUACAUGAAAUCCUUUGUUCAUAUAAAGGCUUUUCACAUUGUAAGGCUAUAUAGUCCUUCGUCUUUCACAUAUAAGAACUCGUGUUCUACAUUGUUCUGUUUUGUUUGCUUUUUCUUUUUCUUUUUUUUUUCAGUUGCUAACCGAGUGCGACUUCACUGUUUAAUCACCGAACGGUAUUUACAAGAAAAAAUACAACGUUGCAGGUUCUAAGAUUGAAUCCAUGACCUUCGCAAUACCUGUGAAUAGCUAAGCCGUAUGGGGCCAAAAAAUCAGUUCGAUCAAUGCUUGUAACGAAAACGAAGACUCCCGAAAACAAAGAUCCUUUAUUUUCUUUAUUAAGACAUGAUCUUGUUAUGGUUUCUCACCGGAAAUAUCCAUCUCCGGUUUUAUUAUUUUUAAUAGCGGUAAGGCAUGCAAUAAAACAGCGGUUUUAUAUAAAAAGACCCCAUAAACGAAGACCUAAAAACCAAGACACGAAAACUAAGAGCCCAAAACAGAGACCCGAAAACAAAGCUUGCUCGGAAAAAAUUCGUGCUGGUAUAAAUUGUGUUGGAGAUUGUUUAAAAAUCGGCACCGGAUAUUUCCAGUGCCGAUUUUAAGAAAUCAGAACAAGAUCAUGUUAAAUAAAGAAAACAAAGAGGUCUUUGUUUUCGGGUCUUCUUAUUUGGGUCUUCUUAUUUGGGUCUUCUUAUUUGGGUCUUCUUAUUUGGGUCUUCCGUGUCGUUUACUGGUCUUCGUUUUCGUGUCUUAGGUCUUAGGUCUUAGGUCUUAGGUCUUAGGUCUUAGGUCUUAGGUCUUAGGUCUUAGGUCUUAGGUCUUAGGUCUUAGGUCUUAGGUCUUAGGUCUUAGGUCUUAGGUCUUAGGUCUUAGGUCUUAGGUCUUAGGUCUUAGGUCUUAGGUCUUAGGUCUUAGGUCUUAGGUCUUAGGUCUUAGGUCUUAGGUCUUAGGUCUUAGGUCUUAGGUCUUAGGUCUUAGGUCUUAGGUCUUAGGUCUUGGGUCUUAGGUCUUAGGUCUUAGGUCUUAGGUCUUAGGUCUUAGGUCUUAGGUCUUAGGUCUUAGGUCUUGGGUCUUGGGUCUUAGGUCUUAGGUCUUGGGUCUUGGGUCUUAGGUCUUGGGUCUUAGGUCUUAGGUCUUAGGUCUUAGGUCUUAGGUCUUAGGUCUUAGGUCUUAGGUCUUAGGUCUUAGGUCUUAGGUCUUAGGUCUUAGGUCUUAGGUCUUAGGUCUUAGGUCUUAGGUCUUAGGUCUUAGGUCUUAGGUCUUAGGUCUUAGGUCUUAGGUCUUAGGUCUUAGGUCUUAGGUCUUAGGUCUUAGAUCUUAGGUCUUAGGUCUUAGGUCUUAGGUCUUAGGUCUUAGGUCUUAGGUCUUAGGUCUUAGUUCUUAGCUUUCAGGGGUCUUCGUUUUCGCUACAACCGUUCAACCAUGUAGAACUCAAAAAAAAAAUUAUUAUGUAUAAUAUUACGGCGUGUCGCUAUUUUGUCGGUUUGUCGAGAAUCAGAUGAAGAAAUUUGAGAAGGCAACGUCAUUAAAACUGCUGUAAUAAUUAUUGAACGUUCAUACGAGAUUGUCAUGCGCAGGGCACAGAGGAAAAAAGAAAGCAGAACAAUCUAGCAGCAUGUUGAAAGCAACCGUAUGGAGAUUAUCCUUAUCACUUUUUUUCUCGCUGCAGCAAGGGAGGGUUUAUUCUACUUGGAAUUGAUCGAUAAACCUAUAACCUGAUCUGCCUUGAGGAGUAGUGUGUUGAUCGAGUUUUUUUUUUGUGACGAAAUAGAUCCUGCAGUUUUCUCUAAAGGAAAACGAUCCUGAGUAACAGACCAAGUCAAAUAUCAGUUUGUUCUAGAGGCAAAGAUCCUGUGAAAUAUUGAAAAUUACGAAAUGAUAUUUCAGAUUUUGUUUUGUCCGUCGGCUCGUGCCGGACCACCAGGCCCUCCUGGACCCCCGGGUCUUCCAGGAAGAGACGGGCGAGAUGGAAGAGAUUGCCCCCCCUGUAACUGUGCGUCAGUGCCGUCCCCUCCAGUGGAAAGUCCUUGCCCGGGAUCUCCACCGCCAGUACCUCAAGGCCCACCAGUGGGAGGGUAGGUACAUUACUAUUUGCUGCCAGCGUGUCGAAUUCUUUACAUCUCUGAACAGGCCUAGUUUUUCGUGGUACUCAAUAAGCCCAGAAGAGAUUUUCAAAGCAAGAAAAAAAAUGAUAGUCGUAAUGUGUGUGUGGGGUAAGAUAAUUCUAGGGUGUUUAUUACUGAGGUAGACAAGGACACAGACGUGGCAAAAUUGAAUUAAGUGUGUAACUAUCAGGGUUCAUUUAACAUUCACGGCUUAUACAGGACGUGAAAAAAAAAAAAAAAAAAACAGAUCGAAGGGUCGGGUAAAAAAGUUCCACCUACAUCCUUCUCUGGCCAAACCGGACAAACAGCAAACCUUUGAAUCAAAGAAAAUUUUUAAUUUUAUCGCUUAAACUACCGAUUGUAGUCCUGAUCAUAAUUGUGCCAUUAUUGCAGAGAGGUUCCACAUGUUCACAUUACAGGACAGGCACGCGAUCUUGGAGAUCAAACAGAUCAGAGCGGAAGUGGAGACAGAGAAUAAAUUAUCAAAUAUUGUCACUUGAGUGAUGAUUUAGAAACUUGCGUGCGUUACAUUAUAGCUUAUUAUAGCUAAUGAAAUAGUUAAUCGUUGUUUGCUGUUUGUCCGGCUUUAGCAAUACAGUAGACGAGCACUUGAACAAUCAUUUCUUAAUUCACACAUAGGAAUACUAAAGCCAAAAGGUAAAUGACAAACUUUCUUUAAAUGUUUCUGCCAAAAAAAAUAAAACCUGUCGGGCAAACAACAUCAAGCUUUUUGGAAUUUUUUAUUUUUUCCAAUGUUCUCGUAUUAAUUUUGUAGGCUCGUAAGACAUAGGCGAUGGUAUUUGUAGAUGGUUAUUGUCUUUGACUUUCAGUUUAGCUAAUUACUUGAUUGGUUAUUGAUUUUUAUUCACUAUUACGUACAAAAUCAUCAGAGAAACAUGGGUCUCCUUUUCAAUAAAGUCGACGCAGUCAAGCAAGUUUUCUUUUUUAAUAUCUAGUGGAAAGUUUUGCUCCAAGUUGUGAGUUAUGGUUUGUUCAAAAUAACUGAGUACACAGGAAAUUUGACUCAAGCACUAAGACGCAGGGUACCUAGUUUUAUGUUAGAUACCAUCUAGCGAUUUUUCGCAACAGAGAAAAAUUGUUUAAUACGAUAAAUAUUUAUGUUUGUGCCCUACCGUUUUCUACAAAUAGAAACAUUUUAAAUUUUCUCACUAUUAAAUGUGUACUUCUACCGAAUGAAAAAAAUUAAUAAAAGCUUUUUGUAAAUGUUGUUUGCAUUGGUCAAUUAACUGAUUGGCAGCUUAAUGACCUAAUUUAUCAUAAAGGUUAGUUUCUAUCAAUGUGAUGCUACCACUGCUCGGCAACUUAGCUCCGAUACACACUGCAUGGAUAAAUCAACAAUUCUUUUAAAUGUGCUCCGUUGUUCUAAAAAUAGAAAAAAUGGGCACUCAUGAAAUUCAGUCAGUGUGGUAUGAGAGUUUAUGAAAAGGAAAGAAGAAAAUGACAAUAACUGUUAGUGAGUCAAAUUAGCAUGGAAUGAUCAUAUUAAACUUAAAAGAUUCGAUGAUAACUGGAGCCAAGAUUUUUUUGGGUUCGGCGGAAAAUCAUGGAAGGUAACUGAUAUUCAAGUAAGAUGUGUUUUAAGGGGAUUUACGGAGAACUCUGACGAAUAAAUUUUAAAAGUUUUAUCAUCUCGAGGCAAAACUUCCCAAGAUGGACAAGGCUGGAUCGAAAGAUACUAUUUUAAUCGAAGUUUGUAAUAAACACAGGGUUUGAACUAUUGCAUGCCCUUAUAAUUACCCAAACCAAGGUGACAGUAGUUUGUAAUAAAUAGUAACCAAAGGGAAGAAAUCAUUUAUCCAAGGGAAAUUAUUUCCAUUUGAGGAAAGUGUCUGAUAGCUUAAAUGUACAAAAUGUCAGACAAAAUCGUCCAUGUAGUUUUCAGUGUAUUUAAUGAUGAAAAUAUUUUCCCCUUUAAAUCAGCCCUCCUGAAGGACUUGGAUCCGCUCACAAUCCGGCAAAAUCCUGUGAUGAAAUCUAUCAUUCAAUAUCAGCAGGUGUUCAAAGUGGGGUUUACUGGCUCCAGGCUGCUCGCGGCAGCCCAUACCAGGUUAGUGUCUUAGCAUUCAUGAUAAAGAGGUAAAGUCCCAUGACCUCUGUCUUCCUUCUAUAAUAGUGAACCAAUAAUAGGCAAUCUUGUUUUUUUUAAUAUAACGAACUUUCUCUUAGAAUCUUUUUGAAAUGUGAUUUAUUUAGAGAAGUAAUUUUUAUAAUUCUUUUCAUUAAAUCUUUUGUUCACUUGUUUAACUAGUAAGGAUAAUACUUUAUAUGAAAUGCUUAGGCACAUUGCGAAAUUAUCACAUCGGCAUGUAAAGACAAUGGAGGCUGGACACUAGUUGCACGAGUGGCUGGAAUGUCCGGAGAUUUCUCACCCACAAGUCCUCUCUGGGCCAAUGAGGAUGUAGUUAGCCCCUGGGAUGCAGCUGACAUUACAAAAACAACAUCUAUGAAAAAUCCCGGUUGGUUCUCUGUACCAAAUCGAGUUAUACGAAUGUGCUACAGCGGUCCUCGUAGUGACUGCGCGACAUUCACCCACAACAGAGGUCUGACUCUUACCCAGCUCUUCGCAACUCAGUUCGCAGUAGAAGUUCAAGAGGAGUACACUUUUGAAACGUUGAUGAAAAAACUUGGCAAACACUUGGACUUGGGGCACCUAAAAACUGUAAGUAAAUCGAAUCAAAAUCAUAUUCGCUAGACUGGUAAACUAUGCUUGUUUUUAAACUAUGCAGUGUUAAGCUUUUUGUUUGCCUUAGGGUUAUAGGGCAUUUUCAAAAGAAAGAUUUUAUCUUAAUUUAAAGCUAAAGAAAAAAGAGCACCAACUGUUGUCAUAAAGUGAAGAGAUUAUGAAAUGGAUUACAAGCAAAUAACUCAACUGUAUAAAAUUGACAGUUCGCAAUUUUCCUAACAUCCACACUUCCAUAAUUGUGUCUUGCAAGGAAUGGUGCGGCCUCAAUUUAGGAAAUCUUUGUAACUUGGUAGCGGAUCCCAAUAAGGAGCCUGGAACUCAUGUCUGUCGCAUAGGCUGUAUUGGUGACACCAGUCUUCCUCGAUCACCUAAUGGCUGCAACCCUGACGACUAUUCACUUGGGAUCGGUGUGUCAAGCUGCAACUCUCCACACGGUUGUCACGGUCACGUGUCAACAACAAGUAGCUUGCACUUUAGUAUGUAUUCAAGAUAUGGGGAUUAUCAACAAACGGCAUUCAUUUAUGUAAAAUAAAACAAAACUUAGUUUGGCUAAUCCUUCGAUCAAAUAUACAAUAUCGCCGUACCAACUCAUUUUCAAUAACAACGUCAUAAACUUUCUUUAAUUACCUCUUUACCAUACGAGAUAUUUACAAUUUGAAGGAAAGAAUAGAGAAACUAACCAGCUGAAAAAAAUAUCAGGCUGCAAAGAUAUUUUCCAAAAUACAUGUCUGCAAUACAACAAAAAUAAAAAUAUCAAAGCUUACAACCAGUUAACUGAUAUAAUCAGUCAUAUGCAGGAGAAAGCUUAUUUUUGUUUGUUUUUUAAGUAAAAUUGCAUUUUGUGCGACUUGUAAGCGUUCGUGUAAAACUAAUAAUCUAUUAUAUGAAAGAUGCUUCGAUGCUUUUCUAAGGUUUUGUCAAUAGUAUACAAGGUUUUCAUGCAUUACCCCUUUAUUUUCACUCUUAAGCUAAAUCAAGCCAGAGCCUCACCAGUCGUAAAUUGAUACAUGUUACUCUCAAUUUUAUUACAUUUUGUGGGAAAUAUGAGCUAUUCCAUACAUUGAGACUAUCAAGGGAGAGUGAAUUCAGCUAUUGAUUUUGAAAGUAAUUUUAUAUAAUGUGGGAUUAUUCUCUUCUUUGUGAAGUUUUUGUUUAGUUAAGAGUCGCGGUGCCUUGGUGUGAAACUCUGUCUCA